UAGGGGUAGCAAUGUUGACAUAUAUAAACGGACUGGCUCGUUCUUGCCACAUAUCCAUCUUCACCCCACGAACCCAAGGAAAGAACGAUUAAAAUGAAAUUGGCAAUCUUGCUCUUGGUUGUCGCCUCGGUGUCUUAUGCUCAGGUCUCACCCUUGACGAAGGUCGUUCCAGUUCCCUUCAUCAGCAGAUCGGAAGUACGCGAUGAUUACGGCCAGUACUCGCUCAGCUACCGAACUGCCGACGGGAUCGGCGUUUCCGAGCAAGGAGUCCUCAAGCCAAAUUCAGAAGGAAAGUACGUCCUCGUCAAGCAAGGCACAUACACCUACUUGAGCCCCGACGGCACCCCGGUCACCCUCAACUACGUCGCUGACGAAAAUGGGUUCCAGCCUUCUGGAAAACACCUCCCCAAAUCCGUCCCCUUACCAGAAAACCCGACCAAUUAAAUUUUGUUAAUUAUUGACAUAUGUAAAUAAACAUUUUUUUACCGUUAAA